AUGGAAAAAAAGAAACUAGAAAACGAGAAGAGAAAAGGACACACAUACAUGCAAUGGAUUUCUGGUGUCGUUGCAAACUCUACAUUGUUCACAUACGGCCUACAAGCCGGCUGGCUGUCGCCCGCGGCCAAGGUCCUGCAGUCCAGAUCCUCGCCGACGGGCGCUCCGCUGUCGGACUCCACGCUGGGCUGGAUAGCCAGCCUCAUGCCCAUAACUGCCUUCUUCACUGUGGCGCUCUUUGCCUUCCUCGCAGACAGGAUUGGGAGAAAGAAUAGCAUAUUGCUUAUAACUGUGCCUCAAUUUGGAUGCUGGCUUCUGAAACUGUUUGCCUCAAACUUGACAUACUUAAUCGUAGCCAGAAUAUGCUACGGACUCGCCGCUGCCGGCUGCUUUAGUGUGGUGCCCAUGUACAACAAGGAGAUCGCUCAAGACAACAUUAGAGGUCGCAUGGGAUCUAUGCUGAUCUUCUUUCUCAAUUUAGGAAUAUUAUUGCAAUAUGCGCUAGGAGCUUACCUGGACUACUACACGGUGCUGUACGUUGUGACCGGGAUCCCAGUCCUCACAUUUCUGUGUAUGCUGAAGUGUCCAGAGUCCCCUGGUUACUUGGUUAAGAUUGACCGUUUCGAUGAGGCAGCCGAAAACUUGUCAUGUCUCAGAGGUCUACCCGUUAACGAUUCAUCCCUGCAAAGCGAACUCGAAUGCAUGAAGAAGCAAGACGAAUAUUACAAGACCCUUCCCAACCUCUCGUUGGUAGCUAUUUUUAAAAAUAAAGCAUGGCGUAAAGCCUACCUGAUCUCCGCGCUCGUAAUCGCCGUGCAGGCGUUGAGUGGAAACUUCGCUCUGGUGACGUAUGGCGCCAACAUCGUGUCAUCAGUGGCAAAUAUGAACGCUGAACUGCAGACGCUGAGCUUCCCGACCAUUAUGAUGCUGGGCUCAGUUGUGUCUGUGUGCGUUAUUGAGCGAGUUGGGAGGAAGAUAAUCCUCCUUGUCUCAUACGUGGUGUCAGUGCUGGCGCUAGGCAGCUUGGCGACAAUAAUGGUCCUACCAAAGGACAGCGUGCCGGGUUGGUUCCCCCUGCUGGCCAUCACUUCGUCUAUGUUUGUGUAUGGAGUGGGAGUUCUGCCCACGCCGUACAUCAUCAUGUCGGAGUUGUCUAAUAUCCAGAUACGAGCUAAAAUUUAUGGCAUGGUCACAGCUCAGGCGUGGUUUAUGUGCUUCACACAGCUAGCGACCUUCGCCCCCAUCAGUGCGGCUCUCGGCAUGUACACGUACUUCUAUAUCUGCGCGGCGAUUAACGUCCUCGGUGUUGUUGUAGUCCUAGUCAUCAUGCCAGAGACCAGAGGGAAGAGUAUAGAGGAGGUUGAAAAUGAGUUGAGAAAGUGAAC